AAAUGGAAGAGAACAAGAAGCAUGGUAUCGAGACGAGAACAAGAAGCCGGCAGAAGCAGCAGCUAUUAAGCAUUCCUUUGAAAUCAGAGAAGAUAUAUAGGAAUCAGAGGCGGCCUGGUGCAGGCCGACGCCCAUAAUGGCGUUCCAUUGGUGCGACAACAAUUUGCACACGACGGUGUUCACGCCGCGUGACUUCCAAGUGGAGCUGCUGGCAGCCGCCUACGAGCGCAACACCAUCAUCUGCCUGGGCCACAGGAGCUCCAAGGAGUUCAUUGCCCUGAAGCUGCUGCAGGAGCUGUCCAGGCGUGGCCGCCGCCAUGGCAAGGUUAGUGUUUACCUCAGCUGCCAGGUGGGCGUGGACAAGGAGCCCGCGUCCAUUUACACGAUGCUCACACACCUGACGGACCUGCGCGUGUGGCAGGAGCAGCCGGACAUGCAAGUGCCCCUUGCUCACUGCUGGACGGACUAUCAUGUGUCCAUUUUGAGUCCGGAGGGAUUUCUCUGUCUGCUGGAAUCGGGCGAGCUGCCAAUGAGCAGCGUUGAGCUGAUUGUGCUCGAGGACUGCCAUGACACCGCCGUCUAUCAGCGGAUAUUGCCCAUUUUUGUGGAGCACAUCUUGCCGGCUGUGCCCGCGGACAGACCGCGUAUCCUGGGCCUGGCCGGUCCCUUGCACAGCGCUGGCUGCGAGCUGCAACAACUGAGCGCCAUGCUGGUCACCCUCGAGCAGAAUGUCCUGUGUCGCAUUGAGACGGCCAGCGACAUUGUCACCGUGCUGCGCUACUGCUCCAAGCCCCACGAGUACAUCGUCCAGUGUGCGCCGUUCGAGAUGGAUGAGCUGUCGCUGGUGCUGGCCGAUAUACUGAACACGCACAAGUCCUUUCUGGUGGAUCAUCGCUACGAUCCGUUCGAGAUAUACGGCAUGGAUCAGUUCAUGGAGGAUCUGAAGGAUAUACCCGAUCCCAAGCUGGAUCCGCUGCAUGUAAUCGACUCGCUGCUGGUUGUGCUGCAUGAGAUGGGUCCCUGGUGCACGCAGCGGGCCGCCCAUCAUUUCUAUCAGAGCAACGAAAAGCUGAAGGUGAAGACGCCGCACGAACGCCACUAUCUGCUGUACUGCCUCGUUAGCACGGCCCUCGUGCAGCUGCACUCCCUCUGCGAUCACACAUUCCAGAAGCAACAAGGAUCCGGCGACCCCAGGCAGACCAUUGAGCGAUAUUCCAGUCCCAAGGUGAAGCGCCUGCUGCAGACGCUGCGCUGCUUCAAGCCGGAGGAGAGCCAUGGUCAUGGUAGUCAUGGCCAUGGCCAUGGCCAUGGCCAGGCCGAUGGACUGCGCAAGAUGCGCCAUCAGGUGGAGCAGGCGGACUUCAAUAAGCUCUCCCAUGCGCUAGAGACCAAAUGCCAGGUGGUGGAUCAACUGGAGCCUCACGCCUCAACGGACACGCGCAGCCUGGUGGCCAAUCUGGAGCACAUACUGCAGCAUCCAGAGGGCAAACCGUUCCCGAAACGCAACAGCCAUCGCCCCCCGCCACCGGCAGCAGCAGCAGCAGCAGCAGCCACCACCCAGGCGCAGUCGUCGCCAGCGAAGGGCAAGCACGGCUCCAGCUCGCAUAAUCGUGUGCGGCGGCGUGUGUACACGCGACGCCACAAUCGGGAUCAGCACGAUGGCGGCGAUACGCUGUGUGCGCUGAUCUAUUGCAAUCAGAACCACACGGCGCGCGUGCUGUUCGAGCUGCUGGCGGAGAUGGGCAAGCGGGAUGCCGAUCUGAAGUUCUUGCGCUGCCAGUACACCACAGAUCGGGUGGCCGAUCCCACCACGGAGCCCAAGGAGGCCGAGCUGGAGCAUCGCAGGCAGGAGGAGGUGCUCAAGCGCUUUCGCAUGCACGACUGCAAUGUCCUGAUCGGCACCUCGGUCCUGGAGGAGGGCAUCGAUGUGCCCAAAUGCAAUCUGGUCAUACGCUGGGAUCCCCCGACCACCUACCGCAGCUAUGUCCAGUGCAAGGGUCGGGCGCGUGCCGCCCCAGCCUACCACGUUAUACUGGUGGCCCCCAUCUAUACGAGUCCCGCGAUUGGUGAGGUGCAGCUGACGGACAGGAGUCAUCGCUUCAUCUGCGGCGCUGGCGCAGGAGGAGGAGCAGGCGACUCAACGGAGUUGGACAGCGAUUCGGAUGACUCGGCCAUGCCGAAUUCCCUUGGCUCCGAUCCCUAUACCUUUGGCACGGCCCGCGGCACGGUGAAGAUACUCAAUCCGGAGGUGUUUAGCAGUGUGCCGCCCACAGCCUGCGAGAUCAAGGAGAUCCAGGACGAGACGCCGCCAGCCAUUGCCUGCUUGGACAGCAGCAAUUCCAGCGACGAGGCCGUCAGUCUGAACAACACACCGCCCAGCGAGAGCCAGUCCAGUGGCGAUCCCAAGCCCAGAAAGCGCUUCCAGUGCGAGGUCGCAGCACCCACAGAGCCCACAGAUGCCCCAACGGACACCAGCUCUGUGUCUGUGUCUGUGCCAGUGGCGGAGCAGGAUGGCCUGGCCAGCACCACAAAAGCAUUGGUCCAUCAGAUGGCCCAGUAUCGGGAGAUCGAACAGAUGCUGCUCUCAAAAUGUGCCAACACAGAGCCACCCGAGCAGGAGCAGCGGGAGGCGGAACGCUUCAACAGCUGCCUGGCGGCGUACCGGCCCAAGCCGCAGCUGCUGACGGGCGCCUCUGUGGAUCUGGGCACGGCCAUAGCGCUGGUCAACAAAUACUGUGCACGGCUGCCCAGCGACACCUUCACCAAGCUGACGGCCCUGUGGCGCUGUACGCGCAGCGAGCGCUCGGGCGUCACCCUCUUCCAGUACACGCUACGCCUGCCCAUCAAUUCGCCGCUGAAGCAUGACAUUGUGGGUCUGCCAAUGCCCACACAGACGCUGGCGCGUCGCCUGGCUGCCCUGCAGGCGUGCGUGGAGCUGCAUAAAAUUGGUGAACUGGAUGAUCAACUGCAGCCCAUUGGCAAGGAGGGCUUCCGGGCCCUGGAGGCCGACUGGGAGUGCUUCGAGCUGGAGCCCGAGGACGAGCAGAUUGUGCAGCUGAGCGACGAGCCGCGACCGGGUACGACCAAGCGACGCCAGUACUACUACAAGCGCAUUGCCUCGGAGUUCUGCGACUGUCGACCGGUGGCCGGAGCGCCCUGCUACCUGUACUUCAUCAAGCUGACGCUGCAGUGUCCCAUACCCGAGGAGCAGAAUACGCGGGGCCGGAAGAUCUAUCCGCCCGAAGAUGCGCAGCAGGGCUUUGGCAUACUCACCAUGAAGCGGAUACCCAAGCUGAGCGCCUUCUCGAUAUUCACACGCUCCGGGGAGGUGAAGGUCUCCCUGGAGCUGGCCAAGGAGCGGGUGGUGCUGACGCCCGAACAGAUUGGCUGCAUCAAUGGCUUCCUCAACUACACCUUCACCAAUGUGCUGCGUCUGCAGAAGUUCCUCAUGCUCUUCGAUCCCGAUUCCACCGAGAAUUGUGUCUUCAUUGUGCCCACACUCAAGACGUCGACGUCGGCGGUGGCGUCGCCGCUGGCCAGCAAGAAGAUCGACUGGCAGUUCCUGGAGCUCAUACAGGCGACGGGCAAUACAAUGCCGCGUUCGGUGCCCGAUGAGGAGCGUCUGGCGCAGCCAUUUGAUGCGCAGCGCUUUCAGGAUGCUGUCGUUAUGCCCUGGUACCGCAACCAGGAUCAGCCGCAGUACUUCUACGUGGCCGAGAUCUGUCCGCAUCUGUCGCCGCUGAGCUGCUUCCCGGGCGACAGCUAUCGCACCUUCAAGCACUACUAUUUCGUUAAGUAUGGCCUCACAAUACAGAAUGCCGCCCAGCCCCUGCUCGAUGUGGAUCACACGAGUGCGCGCCUGAAUUUCCUCACGCCGCGCUAUGUGAAUCGCAAGGGCGUGGCCCUGCCCACCAGCUCCGAGGAGACGAAGCGCGCCAAGCGUGAGAAUCUCGAACAGAAGCAGAUACUAGUGCCCGAGCUGUGCACCGUGCAUCCGUUUCCGGCCUCGCUGUGGCGCACUGCCGUGUGCCUGCCCUGCAUUCUGUAUCGCAUCAAUGGACUGCUACUGGCGGAUGAUAUACGCAAGCAGGUGUCCGCAGAUCUGGGCCUGGGACGGCAGCAGAUCCAUCAGGAGGAGGAGUUUGAGUGGCCAAUGCUGGACUUUGGCUGGAGUCUGUCGGAGGUGCUCAAGAAGUCGCGUGAGUCCAAGCAAAAGGAUGCCUCCGUCACGAAUGGCAAGCAGCUGGCAAAGGAGGCGGAAACUGAGGCCCCGCCAGAGGGGGAGAGCGAAGCUGCUCCCACGGAGGCGGAGAAGACAGUCGAGAAGAGCGCCAACGAACUGAUCAUCGAGGGGGAACAGAAACUGCAGGAUGCGGACGAUGAUUUCAUUGAGAUUGGGACAUGGUCCAACGACAUGGCCGAUGACAUAGAAUCCUUCAACGAUGAGGACGAAGAGGAAGACGAGGAAGACUAUCUGCCAGUGCUGCCGGCCAAUGUAAAGUUCUGCGAUCAGCAGACACGCUAUGGUUCGCCCACCUUCUGGGAUGUGAGCAAUGCCGAUGGAUCGCUGAAGCCACCGAAAACGAAGAGCAACCAACAGCAGCAGCAGCAGCAGCAGCAGCAGAGUGCCGCUGGCAAGGGUCGUGCUGCGGGCAAGCCCAGCUACACUUACUACGACUCGGACAACUCACUGGGCUCCAGCUAUGGGGACGAUGAUCAUGGUGUGCCGCAGAACUAUUUUCAUAUCAACUACAGCUCUGAUGAGGAUGCGGUGGCGAAUGAUAUCGAUGCGGGCCGCAUUGCAUUCACAUCCAAAAACGAGGCGGAAACGAUUGAGACGGCCCAGGAUGUGGAGAAGCGACAGAAACAGAUCUCCAUUAUCCAGGCGACGAACGCCAACGAGCGGCAGUACCAGCAGACGAAGAAUCUGUUGAUUGGCUUCAAGUUCGAGGAGCAACAGCCACAGCUGGCGGACAUUGCACAGCCCAGCGUGGACUAUGAGCAAUCGAUACUCAAGCUGCAGUCGGAGAUCGAGAGCUGCGGCAUGCUGGUGCCGCACGAUCAGCAGCUGUCGCUGAAGCGACCCGAUCCCGCAGAGGCACACGUCAGCCCCUGCUCGAUGAUGGAGCUGCUGAAGCAGUUGCUGCCCUACGUGCCCGAGGAGAAGCUGCUCCGCAAAUUGGGCGAUCGGCCCGAGUUUCAGCUGUCCGAUUUGAUUGAGCUGAAUGCGGAUUGGGUGGGCGCACAUGCUGCGGAAAUCUACAGCGUCUUGGGCUGUGGCGACAGCUUCGACAACUACAACGACCACCAUCGACUGCAGCUGGAGGAGAAGCAGCUGUGCGUGCAGUACGAUCGGACGGAGAUAAGUGCCGCCAGUCCCGUCAAAGCAGCGCCGCCAAUGAUACUGCCCGCUGGCUUUAGCUUUGACCUGCAGCCAGAGCUGGUGGGCCAUCCCGGGCCCAGUCCCAGUGUCAUACUGCAGGCACUGACCAUGUCGAAUGCCAACGAUGGCAUCAAUCUGGAGCGCCUGGAGACGAUCGGUGACUCGUUCCUCAAGUACGCCAUCACCACCUAUCUGUACAUCACCUACGAGAACGUGCACGAGGGCAAGCUGAGUCACCUGCGCUCGAAGCAGGUGGCCAAUCUGAAUCUGUAUCGGCUGGGCAGGCGCAAGCGUCUCGGCGAGUAUAUGAUAGCCACCAAAUUUGAGCCGCACGACAACUGGCUGCCGCCGUGCUACUAUGUGCCCAAGGAGCUGGAGAAGGCGCUGAUCGAGGCCAAGAUACCCACACACCACUGGAAGCUGGCCGAUCUGCUGGACAUUAAGAAUCUGAGCAGCAUCCAAAUAUGCGAGAUGGUGCGCGAGAAGGCCGAGGCAUUGGGCCUGCAAGGCAGCAGCGCUGAGCAGGCAACGCCGCAACAGCAGGCGACAGCCACCGUGCCGCUGGACGAAUCGAACGACAGCUGCAACGAUUUCAGCUGCUUUAUACCCUACAAUCUGGUGUCGCAGCACAGCAUACCGGACAAGUCGAUUGCCGAUUGCGUGGAGGCGCUGAUUGGCGCGUAUCUCAUUGAGUGCGGACCGCGUGGUGCCCUGCUCUUUAUGGCCUGGCUGGGAGUGCGUGUGCUGCCAUACCACAGACAGCCGGUCACUGCCGGCGAUGUGGAGCGAACGCCCGGCAGCACCGUCGCCGAUGCCAACCAAAUGGUGACGGUGUACGGCUCCUGGCCCACGCCACGCAGCCCCCUGCUGCACUAUGCCCCCAAUGCCGAGCGGGAGCUGGAGCAUCUGCUCAGCGGCUUUGAGGAGUUUGAGGCGAGCCUGGGGUACAGGUUUCGGGAUCGUUCCUAUCUGCUGCAGGCCAUGACACACGCCAGCUACACGCCCAAUCGACUGACGGACUGCUAUCAGCGGCUGGAAUUCCUGGGCGAUGCCGUGCUGGACUACCUGAUCACACGCCACCUGUACGAGGAUCCGCGCCAGCAUUCGCCCGGCGCACUCACCGAUCUGCGUUCCGCGUUGGUGAACAACACAAUCUUCGCCUCGCUGGCCGUGCGACACGGCUUCCACAAGUUCUUUCGGCACCUGUCGCCGGGACUGAACGAUGUCAUCGAUCGGUUUGUGCGCAUCCAGCAGGAGAACGGACACAGCAUCAGCGAGGAGUACUACCUGCUGUCGGAGGAGGAGUGCGACGAUGCGGAGGACGUUGAGGUGCCCAAGGCUUUGGGCGAUGUCUUCGAAUCGAUUGCUGGGGCCAUUUUUCUCGAUUCGAACAUGUCCCUGGAUGUGGUGUGGCAUGUCUAUAGCAAUAUGAUGAGUCCCGAAAUUGAGCAGUUCAGCAACUCUGUGCCAAAGUCGCCCAUAAGGGAACUGCUCGAACUGGAACCGGAGACGGCGAAAUUCGGCAAGCCCGAGAAACUGGCCGAUGGACGCCGGGUGCGCGUCACCGUCGAUGUCUUCUGCAAGGGCACGUUCCGUGGCAUUGGGCGCAACUACCGAAUAGCCAAAUGUACGGCAGCCAAGUGCGCACUGCGGCAGCUCAAGAAGCAGGGUCUGAUUACCAAAAAAGACUAAGUGCCAAGUGGAGCAGAAGGAGCAGCAGCAGCAACGAUGUGUGAUGCCAGUUUAGGCUUUAAUAGAUAGAAUACUUAUAUACCGUGCAAAAACACAUAUGGAUGGAAAAUAAAGAACAUUUUUUUAAAAAUUAAAAA